GUAUGUAUAUAUAUAUGUGUGUGUGUAUGAUGAGGCAUUAGGGAUCGAUGUGUAGGUCCAUGGUUUUUAGUUCCAGUGCAGCAAUUUUUGUUUCAGCUCUUUCUGUCUUCCCUACAAGCAAACACUUCCCAAUGCCAUGGCCGAGGAGGCAGUGAGCAGCAGCCACCUCUAUCUAUCCCUACAACUUUGUAAACAUUAAGAAGUUGUUUAAUCAUUCUGAUUAAACACAGCAUUCGACGAAGGAGAACAACCAACCAACCAAACCCAUCUCUGGAACUGGUCCAGUUUUGUUGUUAUUAGGUUUGUUUCUCUGUCUCUUGCAAAAUUGGGAUAAAAAAGAAAAAGACAUGUGCCCUGGUACUACUGAUACUGAAUCUCGAGGAAUUAUAAAUGGUGAAAAUUUGGUUUCAAAGGAUGGAGCCUCCAAUGAAGAUACAAUGAGAGCUAGAGGAGAAACUCAAGCGCAAGUCUUACAAGGACUUCUCCGCCGCUUACCACUCUCUAGCAAUAUCGGACGACCGCCACUAAAUGAGGUGGGAGAAGAGGUGCUUGCUCUAGGAAAGAUUGCAUGCCCAAUCAUUUUGACGACCAUACUCAUAUACUCGAGGUCUGUAAUAUCAAUGCUCUUCUUGAGUCGUAUGGGCAAAAUAGAGCUAGCAGGAGGCUCACUGGCACUCGGCUUUGCAAAUAUCACAGGCCUAUCGGUAAUGAAAGGCCUGGCCAUGGGAAUGGAUCCCAUCUGUGGGCAAGCCUAUGGGGCCAAGAGAUGGUCAGUCAUCAGCCAAACCUAUCUUAGAACUCUGUGUCUCCUUUUAGUUGUUGCCUUGCCCAUUAGCUUGUUAUGGCUCAACGUAGAACCAAUCUUUCUACGCUUAGGUCAGGAUCCAGAUAUCACAAGUGUAGCCAAAGUUUACAUGGUCUUCUGUAUUCCUGAACUAAUAGCUCAAGCUGUGCUUCAUCCAAUGAGAUCCUUCCUCAGAACUCAAGGCUUGACGGCUCCUCUUACCAUAUGCGCUGUUGGUGCAGUUAUCCUCCACACCCCAUUCAACUACUUUUUUGCUAUAUAUUUGAAUCUAGGGGUGAAAGGAGUUGCCCUGGCCAUUGCUUGUAAUACCAUAAACAUGAACAUAGGCUUGCUAAUAUAUGUGGCUGUAUCGAAGAAGCCGCUGAAACCUUGGCAUGGAAUUACAGCAACCUCCAUGUUGCAAGGAUGGAAGCCAUUGUUAUCUCUAUCUUUGCCCAGCGUUGUCUCUGUAUGCUUGGAGUGGUGGUGGUAUGAGAUAAUGCUGUUUCUUUGCGGUUUGCUCAGCAACCCAAAAGCCAGUGUUGCAGCUACAGGCAUCCUUAUCCAGACAGCAGGUUUAAUCUACUCAUUUCCAUUUUCCCUAAGCUGCAGCUUAAGCACACGAGUAGGUCAUGCACUGGGUGCUGGACAACCAGCUCGUGCACAGUGGACGGCCAUAAUUGGGAUCAUCCUUGGAUUUGCCUGCGGACUCACUGCUGCGGUUUUCACAGCAGUCUUUAGCUCGGUAUGGGGAAAGUUGUACACAGAUGAGCCACAGAUCCUUGACUUGAUAUCAACUGGACUUCCACUACUGGGGUUAUGUGAAAUUGGCAACUCUCCCCAAACAGCUGCCUGUGGAGUCUUAACUGGUACUGCACGUCCUAAAGAUGGUGCUCGCAUAAAUUUAUAUGCCUUUUACCUUGUUGGAUUGCCAGUUGCUGUUCUCCUAACUUUCAAACUCAAAAUGGGUUUUCGGGGAUUAUGGUUUGGGCUAUUUGCUGCACAAAUUAGUUGCGUUUCUAUGAUGCUGUACACCGUGUAUAGAACUGAUUGGAAGCACCAGGCUAAAAGAGCUGAUGAGCUGACUUCAGCUGCAGGUGAGAGGGAUGAUUUGGAAAAUGGCUUACUCAUGACCGAUCAAUGACUCUCCAAAAUCAACUCUUGUCCGCAGGCAACUCUAACAGAUUCAGAGAUAGACUAGAACAUAUAAAUGAACUAAAAACGUCAGUUUGGUUCACAAAGUGCAGGUUCAGUGUGUCUGAUAGUGGAGAAAUUUUUUCAAAAAAAUGCAAAAUGAUUCCAUUACACAGUAAAUGAUUUAUAUCUCUUGGAAGAUGAACGUUCUUUCUUCCCUGACCCAACUUUGUGUGAAGCUAAAACCUUUUAAUACCAAGUGUCUGUUCCUAUCCUAGCAAAAGACCAACUAAAUCAGGAAGGAAAUGAGAAGGAUAAGAAAGAGAAGAUAUCAACCCCUCAAAUUGGCCAAGCUAAGUUUACAGCAUAAAGUCAUCACUAUAAAAGCCUGAAUAAUCUGUAGAUCUGUCAAAAGGACAACCUUAACUUGCCAGUGAUAUGAUGACUAAAAUAAGUAAACAAUUAAGAUAAGUUACAUGAAUGCAUAUCAGGUUUAACUUCCACGGGACAUGGAGCUGUUCAAAUUGCAAUUCCAGUCAUAGUUUCAUUCUUUUCACGUGACAACCUGUAUGAAAAGGUCAGAAUCACUAGCACCUGCAAGCAAUGUUACAGAAAGGAAACAUCUCAAAGAAACCUAGAAAGUACGAAUAUCACAUAUAAUCCUAGAAUUAAGCCAACAGGAUUAA